GGUGACUUCCGCCGAGCCUCUGGCUUUCUUCGUUACCAUGCUUCGAAUUCUCACUGUCUACCAGACAACUUUUGAUAUGGUGAUAAGUGCGAGUAUAAUCCUGGGACCACUGUUAGCAACCAAACUCUACGGCCCUCUGGUGAGAGAAGGUCCGAAGAGUAUCGUCCUCCUUGUCCUCUACACUCUGCUGUCCAGCUUGAGUGAUAUAGGUUUUCUAGGGUUUUAUACCUGCACCAUUGAGGGCCCAGUUCAGUAUGACCGUCCGGGAUCAAUUACCGACGAACAACUCGCCCGUUCAACUAUACUUUCCAACUUUAUCAGCGGAAGUAAUCCCGACAGUAUUCCUGCUUACAGAUGUAAUGCUUCCUCGAUCCGCAACACCAGUUUGCCCGACACGCCACUGUAUGCCUGUGCCGAAUGGCACAAUUCCACCUUGCUCGAUCCUGCCCUAUUCACGGGCAUCAAUUCGACCGAUUCCGACAUGCUACUUCCUCGACGGCUUGGGCGAUAUGCCGAUAUAUCAAGCAAUACAACUUCCUUUCAAGUGAACGCCGGGAUCAGGAGAAUACAAGUGCCAACCAUCAGCAAUGGUAUCCUUGUAAAACCUACUGAUACCGGCUUUCAAGCGGUCUUUGGAGUGCCAAAUAUCACUGUAGACCAGAAGUUCACUCUGGAAAAGGCGAUGGCCCUUGAAGUCGAAGUCGGCUGCAUGAGCCUUGGAAUCUACUCUGUCAAAGAUGCCAAUGGUCCAGCAGACCUCGCUCCUACCUUUAUCCAAACGAAUGGGACGUGGAGGAGAUACUCUGGUCCAGACGGCCUCUAUGAUCUCCUCUCAAAUUGGACAGACGCUAUGCGCGAGUACUCUCGACCACUUUUCAACACAUCCACUCUCAACUCGGAGGGCCUUAUGCUUAGCAUAAACUGGUAUCCAGCAAAGUUUACAGAUGCCACCUUCGUAGACCGAACUCUCCUAACAACCGACAACUCAUGGGGAUACGGCGAUCAAGACUGGUUUAUUCAAGGUUGUGGCAAUAGCUUGAAGGAAAGGCUAGGGCUACCCUUGACGAAUACGACGGGAACAAAUAACUAUGCAUGCUCUCUGUUGGGCCUGUCGGGAACAAUCUCCCAGAACGGCAAAUUCGUGCAAGUUCAGAACAAGAUGUUGUGUGCGAGUAUCCCCCAGAUAAAUAUGGUCACGGCUACCAUUCAAAGCAAUUCGAAGAACUCGAUAUCCCUCGAAAUAUCCUGUAUUCCGAGUGAUCUCCACUAUGUACGCGCAGACUAUUGGGAAACUCAGCAGAUUGGGGUGGAUACUCAAUACACCAUCUUGGAGCCCAUUGAACGGUUUACACUCGGCGAGAACCCCGAUGGACUAUCGACACAUUAUAUCUCACAACGUCAAGAUUAUGAUAAUUCGGUUAGAAUACAAGGGCCUGGGAGUGCCGGGAACGUAUUAGCAAGGAUAGGGCUCAAAGUAAUCACUCCGCCUGUUCGCUCAUCCAUUCAAACAAUGGAGGAGACUGGUAGAGAGGCCAUUUUCAGUCCAUCGACCAUCACGAGAUGGACUGGACAGGUUGGGUCCUCCAUAAUUCUCGCAAGUUUACAAUACAAUCCCUGGGUAGCACUCGAAAGCCCACCCAUCGCGAUCACGAGCGGUACAGGGUCGACAGCAACAUGCUAUCAUCCUACUUAUGCAGUUGCAUUCCUUCUUCCUGCCCUCGCAGCUACCAUUGCCCUUUUCUGGUUCCUUAACGUGCUCACUGAUCUUUCAAUACGGCACCUGAGAUAUGUCAGGACUUGCUAUGGUGGCCUUUAUACUUAUUGGAAGGCAGUUUACCCUGAUGUCUCGCCAGAAGACACCAUUUUAAUAUGGAAACAACAUGCCAAUCCCCAUUUAGAUGUUUAUUCGUCACAAAAGUAUGUGCCGAUCGAAAGGGAUGCACCAACGGCCGUAGAUUAUUUAGAGUUGACAAAAGAUUAG